ACCCCCUCCCAACCCCCCUACACCCCCUCCUCGUAAACCAGUAUUCUCUCUAUAAAAAGCCCUAAAGUUCCUCCUUUUCAACGCUUUUCCAACCAGAUCUCUUGGACUGACUCCUUGGAGAUGCGUGCUGUGCUCGCUCAGGCCAUUUCUCUCAUCUGAUAACCCCUCUCCUCCUUCUGGAGAACAAAACUAGGCGCAUCGAUCAAUGGAGAAUGGCGGAGAGAGUAACGGCAUCACGUUGUUCACGGAAGAAGAGUUGCGAGAGAUAAGCGGAGUAAAGAGAGGGGAUGAUUACGUGGAGGUGAUGUGUGGGUGCACCAGCCACCGCUAUGGUGAUGCUGUUGCUAGGCUUAGGGUUUUCUCUUCUGGUGAACUUGCAAUCUCCUGUGAAUGCACCCCUGGCUGCCAAGAAGACAAGCUGACUCCGGCUGCAUUUGAGAAGCAUUCUGGAAGAGAAACUGCAAGGAAAUGGAAGAAUAAUAUAUGGAUCAUUCUCAAUGGUGAGAAAGUGCCUGUGGUAAAGACUCCACUGCUCAAAUAUUAUAACAAGUCUUCAAAGCAUGCUAAUGGGUCACAUAGAUCUCAAAAUGGAAAAGUGCAUCGCGAUGAGUUUUUAAGAUGCACUGAGUGUAAGAAAGAGCGCAGGUUCCGUCUCCGUUCAAAGGAAGAAUGCCAAAUUUAUCAUGAUGCUUUGGCGAAUGUGCAUUGGAAGUGCUCUGAUAUUCCUUAUGUCAAAGUUUCAUGUGAUGAUGAAGAAGAACGAGCGAGCCGUAGGGUGUACAGGGGAUGUUCUCGUUCUCCAUCAUGUAAAGGUUGCACCUCCUGUGUUUGUUUUGGGUGCCAAGUAUGCCGUUUUUCGGACUGCAGUUGCCAGACUUGCAGUGAUUUCACAAGUAAUGCAAAAGCCUGAUUAUUCUAUAUCUUCUCUUCUCUUCUCUUCUCUCCUGGGUAUGUUUUCCCCAUUAUUCGAACCCCUGCAAAUGUUCACAGCAUGUUUUUGCUGACAUAUCUAAUUAUAAACCCAAAGUUUCCCUGCUCCAUUUACAAUCAAAGGCUUUCUCUUUAUAUA